CGCCACUUCCGUCUCCCAUUUCUUCCAUCCAGUCCCAGUCCCAGUCCCAGUCCCAGUCCAGAGAGAGAGAGAAAGCAAAACCCCACCACCCAGAAACCCUAACCCUAGCGACCAUGGAUCCGACCAAGGUGGCCGACCUCAAGGCCUUCGUGGCGGCGUGCAAGAAGGACCCGGCGCUCCUCACCGACCCCAGCCUCGCCUUCUUCCGCGACUACCUCGCCAGCCUCGGCGCCGAGCUGCCCCAGGCCGCCUCCGCCUCCAAGCCCGCUGGCCCCAAGGUGUCCUCCAUGGACGACAUCGACGAGGAAGACGUCGACGGGGAGUACGACGAGCCCAUGCGGGACCCCACCCCGGAGCCCGACGAGCUCGACGAGGAGAUCCUCGAGUCCGACAUCGAGCUCGAAGCCGACGGCGUCGUCGACCCUGACCACGACGACACCCCGCAAAAGAUGGGAGACCCUUCGGGAGAGGUGACCGAGGAGAGCCGGGACGCGUCCCAGGAAGCAAAGGGUUUGGCCAUGGAAGCCAUGUCAGAAGGGAAACUGGAGGAAGCUAUUGAGCAUCUCACCAGGGCAAUCCUGCUGAAUCCGACCUCUGCCAUCAUGUAUGGUACCAGAGCAUCUGUAUUCAUUAAGAUGAAGAAACCUGUUGCUGCCAUCCGUGAUGCCAAUGCUGCUCUAGAGAUCAACCCUGACUCUGCAAAAGGCUACAAGACCCGUGGAAUGGCCAAUGCUAUGCUCGGCAAGUGGGAAGCUGCUGCUCGUGAUCUGCAUGCCGCGUCAAACAUUGACUAUGAUGAUGAGAUCAGUGCUGUCCUCAAGAAGGUGGAGCCUAAUGCACACAAGAUUGUGGAGCACCGCAGGAAGUAUGACAGGCUGCGGAAAGAGAGGGAGGAAAAAAAGGCUGAGCGUGACCGGCUUCGUCGACGCGCAGAGGCACAGGCUGCUUAUGAGAGGGCCAAGAAGAAGGAACAAUCAAGCCAGUCAUCUGGAGCCUUCCCGGGGGGCAUGCCUGGUGGCUUCCCUGGCUUUGGGGGAGGUAUGCCUGGAGGAAUGGGCGGUAUGCCUGGAGGAAUGGGCGGUAUGCCUGGUGGAAUGGGCGGUUUCCCUGGAGGAAUGGGUGGUAUGCCUGCAGGGAUGGGUGGUGGUAUGCCUGCAGGGAUGGGUGGUGGUAUGCCUGCAGGGAUGGGAGGUUCUAUGCCACGAGGAAUGGGCAGAGGUAUGCCCGGAGCUGGAGGUGCCCCUGGUUCUGUUGGCAUGGAUGAUAUCCUGAAUGACCCUGACCUGAUGGCAGCAUUCAGUGACCCAGAGGUCAUGGCGGCUCUUCAAGAUGUGAUGAGCAACCCUGCCAACAUCUCCAAGCACCAGGCCAAUCCAAAGGUGGGCCCAAUAAUCGCCAAGAUGAUGGCGAAGAUGAACGCGGGGUCCCGGCACUAAGUGUCGCCUUGAGCUUGAGACCAACCAGCACUUGUGUGACCAGCCAAAAUGAGGAACUCUCUGGUCCAAGUGUCCUGUCUUUUUUGUUCAUCCUGAUGGAGGCGGUGAUAGUUUGUUUCUGGUACUGAUCAUCAGUGGUCAGGGUAUAUGUGGCAGUGCAGAGACACUGUUGUCGCGCGACGAUCAUACUUAUGCUGUCUGUCUUUCAUUAUGGUAGUGACUCCUAGAAAUUGACAAAUUGGCAUCAUGAUGAUGGGUAUUGUUGGAAUGUUGCAAUGCCCCCUGUUUAUAUUUUGGUGGACAAGACGAGGCAGCUGCUGAGUGAAUGUUUUAAGUC